AUGAAGGUUGUCAUAGUUGGUGCAGGGAUUGGUGGCUUGGUUUGUGCCAUCGCCUGUCGUCGCGAACGGAUUGAUGUCACGGUUUUAGAACGGGCACCGAAGAUUUUACAUGUCAGCUUCAUCAUGUUACCAUCUGAAAGAGUCGGGGCUGGCAUCCAAAUCCCCCCAAACGCAGCUCGCAUUGCUCGACAACUGGAUUAUCUUCCUCAAUUGAUCGCCAAAGGCAUUGUUUUGGAUUCCAUCAAUUACGUGAGAUAUUCGAAUGGAGAAAUUUUGUACAAGAUGAGCGCCGGUGAGCAAAUGGUUCGGAAGUUUGGAGACUCAUGGUUAACUAUUCAUCGCGCGGACUACCAUAAGAUCCUGUGGGAUGCAGCGGAGAAAGCGGGCGCUGACUUGCGACUGGGAGCACAAGUCGAACGCCUGUUCGCGGACUCUGUGGACUCUGUGGGGGUGUUUCUUGUUGGAGGAGAGUGCGUCACUGCAGACGUGAUUGUCGGCGCUGAUGGGCUGUGGUCAGUCACCAGAGACUUCGUACUUGGGUGGCACUCCCCUCCGAUAGAGAGUGGGGACAUGGCACAUCGAGCGACGUUCAAGCGAGGAGACCUUUUAGGCCUCCAAGAUUCUCAGGUUGAGGAACUAAUGAAUAAAGGUGCUGUGACAUGCUGGAUGGGUCCAAAUCGACAUGCAGUUUUCUAUCCCACCGAUGGCGGCGACAGCUACAACUUGGUUCUUCUGAGUGCGAAUGACAUGCCUCAGGGUGUUCAUGAAGAGAUUGGAAACAACGAUGAUAUGAUGCUCCGGUUCGAAGGUUGGGAUGCUCGACUGACUACAAUGAUUUCAUCCAUCUCCCAUGUAUUGAAAUGGAAGCUAUUCCACCACAAGGAACUCUCCGAGUGGACGAAGGGCCCAGUUGCGCUGCUUGGAGACGCAUGCCAUCCUACUCUACCUUAUCAAGCUCAAGGUGCCGCUAUGGCGUCUGAAGAUGGCGCUGUUCUAGGGAAGCUUCUCGGGCUUCUGCACAAAUCAAAGCUUCCUGACAAGCAGUACAUACCGGAUGUCCUAAAGUUGUAUGAAUCGCUUCGUAAAUCUCGAACCACCACCAACGUUCAGGGAGCCGUGUCGAAUCGCUCCACAUAUCAUCUACCCGACGGGCCGCAACAGCAAUGGCGGGAUGCAUGUUUGGCAGCUGCUAAUCUGUAUCCCGUUCAGACGGAGUUCAAGAUAGCAGACGAGGGGUAUAAAACCGACAUGCUGGGAAGCGAUUCUGUGCGGGAGUGUGCAAGUGCUUUCGAGAACUGGAUUGAGAAGCAUCGGAGGGAUUUUAGGGCAUCAAUAUAG